AUGCUGCAACAGGCCAUCAGUCUCCUUUUGCUGUGUCUCGAUGCCGCCAACGGCUUACCGAGGCCCGAGUCAUCCUUUCCCCGGGCCGUCAGCUCCACCCGUACGGUUUUCUUGGAUGACUUUUCCGGCCUCGCCGUCGGCUCGCUGCCGUCCCGGGCGAAGUGGACCAUCGACCUCGGGACUUCGUACCCGGGCGGCCCCAGCAACUGGGGCACGGGCGAGACGCAGGUGUACACGAACCGGCGGACCAACAUCGCCAUCACCAAGUACCGAACGCUGAAGAUCACGCCGGUCCGGGAGCGGGACGGAACGUGGACGUCGGCGCGCAUCGAGACGACCAAGGCGUGGGACUUUGGCUGCCCGCUCGGUCAGCGGCUGCGAGUGGAUGCCAUGAUCAAGCUCGGCGCCGACUCGACGUCGAAGCAGCUCGGCAUCUGGCCGGCCUUUUGGGCACUCGGGUCAGCCUACCGCGGCAACUACCAGAACUGGCCGUCCGUCGGCGAGGUCGACAUCCUCGAGUCGGUGAACGGGCAGAACAAGAUGCACCAGAUCGUCCACUGCGACCGCGCGCCCGGCGGCGUCUGCAACGAGUUCUCGGGCAUCGGCCGAGCUAUGGACGGCAUCCAGCGUGGCCUCUGGCACACCUUUUCGUGGGAGGUAGACCGCCGGCCAGGCCUGCGGGAGGAGACGAUGACCUGGUUCAUCGACGGCCGGAAGCACUGGACCCUGAAACAGUCGGAUUUGAGGAGCAGCAGCGCCUGGAAAGCGCUCGCACAGAACAGCAAGAUGCUGCUCCUCAACGUCGCCGUCGGCGGCUCGUUUCCCGAUGCCGUCGCCGGAUACAAGACGCCCACGAGCCGAACGGUGGGAGGCGAUGGCGCGAGCAUGGAGGUCGCCUGGGUGUACGCGUACACGAGCACGAAAUAA